CAACAGCGCCGUGCGGCAGCGCUCGCUCCGAGGCCGAGGGGCCUGCCCGUUCGAGGCGCAGGGCAUUGUACAUAAUUGUACAUAGGGCUGCCGACGCGCACGUAAGCAUGGCGCAUCUCCCAGCCAUGGACACCAUCGCAACCCUCAAGUCCCUCAGCCCCAAGCGUCGGAGGAAGAAGGACGCCCAAGUGAUUGUGGACGCCCCACCCCAAGAGCUGCGUGUCGGGGAUGUCGUCUUUCUCGGGGAUGGCACGGACGGCUACCUGGCUUCCGACGCGCUCGGCGCGCGCGUGUCGUUCAAGCGCGGCGAGGGCGGCGGCGUCCCGACCUACAAGCUUGGCUGUCUGUGGCAGCUCUUCCCCGAUUCCGACUAUCGGCGGCGGGAACGACUUGUGAGAUUAGGUGAUGCCUUCGAGCUUCGCAAGGCCCUCAAAGCAGCUGCUGUCCAAGAGAAACAGGAGUCCGACGCCGUCGUGAAGGACGUCGAGAGCGGUGCUUUGAAGGAUACGGCGCAGUACGGCGAGGAGUUUCAUAUUAGGCACGUGGUUACCGGGCGAUGGUUACGGGGUGAUGGCGAGCCCGCAGAAGGUGGUGGCGGUUGUUUGAGGUUAUCUCUAGCCACUGAUUUAGAGAGGUCAAAAUACUGCCGCUUUCGCAUCGCGCCGGGCUAUCGGGCUCGAGGUCUCGGGACGCCGGUCUUCGACGGCGACGGCGUGCGACUGGAGGCCCAGGCUCUGACGCUGUCGCCGAACCAUCCCGCGAGGCUGCAACCGACGUCCGAUAACGAGGCCGCAUUGGCUCUUGGUAGUACGCACAACUUGACCGUAACGAGGUUCGCGGAGCGCGCCCCGGGCCAAGCCGCGACAGGUACGGUCGAUGCCCUGCAGUUCGUCCGAUUGUUCCAUCGAGAAGACGAUACGUUGUUAGUGGCCUCGACGAAUGCUCGCUUGAAGACCGGCCCGAAACGAGAACCGUACUUACGGCACAUCUCGCGGAGAAAAGAAUCCCCGGGCAAAGGGCUGUGGAUCCUGGAGUUCGAAGAUCCGUUGACGGGCGGAGCGUUCUCUUUUGAGCGGAAGGUGCGACUCAGGCACGCUUGUAGCGACCGGCAUCUGGCUGUGGCCUACGGCGAACGCGGUACGAAGGGCCCGGCGGCACCAGAACUAGUGGACCUAAAACAGGACGCCAAGAAAGGCGCUCUCGUGAGAUCGCUAUUCCGGUUGAAGCCCGUGCGCGACCAUGAAGCUUCCAGUGGUUUUGCCUGCCUCAUUACUCAUGACGUGAGACCGAAGAGUAGAGAUGGCGACCGCACGACGUUGUACCUCAAAGCCUCGGAACCAAAAAAGGACCGAUCUCGACGCAUUGUCUUCGAGGACAACUCGACGGUAUCGUUAGGGGCCUCGUUAGGCGCGACUGUCGAAGUACAUAUUGAAAUCGGCCCCGAGGCGUUGACGCUGCAGGCGUUAAAAGCUGCCAGGACCGCGGUGGAAGAACACACGGAGUUCGUGCGGCGAGUCGGUCGCGACGAGGAGAACGUGGAUGAUUGCGCGGCGCGGGCGAAGAUCCUCCGAGCGGAGAACGCGCUGCGAGGGGCCCUAUCUUGCUUGAGAACCUCAAACGAUAAUGAUUUGGAGGCCUUUGCGAACGCGCAGACGGAGGAGCAGCACAAAGACGACGAUGGGGACGGCGUCGACGACGACGUAGAGCUAUCCUUCGAGCACACGGGACCGGUGGACGCCGCCGCGCAGUCCAUGACGCGGGAGGUGAAGCUGAUCGAUGCUUUGGCGAGAGCGAUCGCUUGCGUCAAAACUUCCGGAAUCAAGUACCCGCCGGCGCCGGGCGAGCAGCACGACCCGCGCUUCGGACCUUUGGAGGAGUUCCACCAACUCGCGUAUGCCGUCUUAGUCACAAGUGUGAGAGACAACCGGCGCAACGAGACCUACUUCGCGAAAGGUAGACUGGUAAAAGAGGAAAACAAACCGGAGGCGGGCGCGUUCAUCGACCAGGUCAUCGCAGAAGUCAGUGAACCGCUCGGCGCGCCGGAGCUGCUGACGACACUUAUAGCGAACAAUUUGGAUCUGACGCACCAGUUGGUGGACAAGAGGAUGCUGCACCAGCUGGCCGGGUUUGUAGGUGAUCACGGCCCGCGACCGGACUUGGCCCAAAUCCUAGCAGCUACCCUAUCGUGCCACGGGAAAGCCAUACCGGGCGUGCAGGAGAUGGUCGUGUCCACUUUAUUCACGAAAGACGUCUCAGAGUUGUUCCGGAGGACGUUCCUCGAGACUAGUGUCGUGCGAGGUGAUACGGCGUUCCGAGCCUGCGAGUGGCCCUGCGCGAAGGUCGACGAUCCUCCGGAUGGCUUUCUAGGCUAUGAGGAGCUCGAAAGGGGCUGCCCGCCGGUCUGCGUGCGGUGGUUAGGGUCUGCUAGUUAUCCUGAUGACGCAUUGUUCUACGACGCGCAAACUUUAGGAUUGAGGACCGAUAGCAACGGCUGGGUCGAACUGCGAGAGCUAACGAGGGAGCUCGACGACAAGAUCUACCAGCACGCGCUGCGGGGUGCCAAAAAUGAACCGGCCGCGACCGACCGCAUCAAUCGGAGGAGACAACUCGCGGCGUACUACGUCGAACAGAUCAAGUUGGUGGCGCUAUGCUGCCAGGACCGAUCUUAUAAUGCCAUCGAUGUCUUCGAGGGGACUUUUUCGUACGGGUGCUGUCUGUGGGUGCUCGCGGAUGACACGUAUCCCGAUUUGCUACGAGCUGCUUUCGCUUUCUUGUUGAGAAGCUUACAUGUAGACAGAUCACCGCAUCGGCCUCGAUGCGGCUAUCCGGUCCUACCGAAACGGGCUUGGGCCGUCGAGACGCUCGUCGCACCGCAAACACCGCUGGAACAUUUACCUAGGUUUGCGACGAAUACAAAUAACCCCUCGACGAAGUUCUAUCUGUUGAAGGAAUUCGUCCGAUCCUAUCUAGCUGAUCGAGAUACGUGUACGUUCAACAAUCCAGCAAGAAAUGCCCUGACGCUGCAGGUCCUGGAAGUGGUGGACGACUUGGUGGACUUCGGCUUCUACGCUACUUCUGAUCACUUACGCAAAUUACUAGGUCCGUUGUUCAGUGUUUUGGCGAGUGACGACCACCAAGCGAGUGAGGCCCAGCAAUCCAAAACAAUUAUCCUGAGGAUCGUUGGUCGCAUAUUGGGCAUGCUCGGGCAAUGCCUCAUACAAGCUGCUCUCACCGAAUUCCUGGCGAUCAGAGACGAGCCUCAAAUAGAGGUAAAGAGAAAACGGCCAAAAACUCCCAAAAAACGCAGGGGCUCCUUGUUUAGAUCUCGGAAAAUAAUUCCCGUGGACGAGGCCGAAGAUCGACGGUCCUCGCAGGCGGAACGGUUUUUGGCUCUGUUAGAUCCGCCGGCGCGCAACGAACGGAGCGACGAGGGGCUGUCAAAUGAAGCGAUACAACUAGAAUUGCGGUUGCGGAAGUCGAGGGCGUUGGCCGAAGCGGUAGAUUUAGCAGCGAUGUGCGGCAAGUCCGAUAGCGAGUUAGACGAGUUGUUGUUACGACUUGCGGGUUCGGGAAGUGACGAUUUGUUAAGAGAAGUACUCGCAGUGACGAAAGCGCUUAGAUGCCCUACGUCACAGUUGUUGAGAAUCAUGGAGGAUUGUGUGGUUGUCGACAGCGACGCGGCGCGGACCAUUUAUCAAACGCUGUCGUCGACGGAGCAGAUCGACCCGAUAGAUACCAUACCUCAUUUAUCAGGCAUGACCGCCGAGCUCUCGGACCUGGCGCAACGUUCCGAGCAGUGGGUCUUGUUGUCGGAUCAACGAGCUUUAAUGUUUAGACAGCGGGCGGAAGACAUCCUACGAACGUUGGGCAGACUCCUAGAUCCCUCUUUGACAAAUGACAAGCUCAAGACCCACCAGCACAUCUUACUUAAAUGUGGAUUAGCUCCAUCAAUAAUGGAAGCAUUAGAAGUAGAAAAACCACCUGACUUGAGUGAUGACGGGAGUCUGAGAGCUUUCCACGAGGCUGCCGGCAUUGUUGCCAGUCGUUUACUAGCCCAACAUCCGGCCGCGCAACGAGCGGUAGUAGAUAGAUUGGCAGCCUCGAUGCUCCAGUUGGUCAAAGACGAGUCGAGACUAGAGCUAAAAAAGACGCCGCGGCGCGCCUCGAACGAUGAUCUGCGAGCGCCUAAAGAGAAGAGUGACGACCUGCCCUGGAAGGUCCAGUGGCGCCGGGCGGCGAAGAAAGCCGUGGCUAUUAAGGCGAUGGCGGCUGGUCAGUCAGUAGUACACGAUGAUCACGACGACGCGUUUCGCUUAGCCCAAUGCGUCUGCGGGACCUUCGGCGGUAACUCGUUGUUGUGUGAAGAAAAAGCUUCAUUGUUCUUCGAGCCUUUAGUUGGAGUUGUUGAGAGACUACUAGAGGACGGCGGUGGGUCGGCGGAGGUCGCGUGCGUGCAGGCGUUGCAGGUGCUGGUCUGUCCCGGGCCUAGGAGGGAGGAUGUCUGUCGUCGCAAUCAGAAGCUGCUGGAUACGUCGUUGCUCGCUAGGUUACGUGGUUCGUCGUCGAUCGUCGACGCGGUCGUCGUAGAUACUCCUGCGAAGCGUCGAGCGGUUUUGAAAGACCAAUUGGUCCACUCGUCGUUGAUAGCGUUGUUGGGAUUGGGCUGUCGGUCGCAUAAUAUGCCCGUGGCCGUCGAUGUUGUAUCGUUGGUACCCUUCAAGCAACUGCUCUGGGGCUUGUGUUAUGGGAAUGCUUCGACGAUCAGAUCCUAUGUCGACGUGGCCAGGGAAGGGCAUUUUGAUGAUGGGUCCAUGCACGCGCACCGGUUGGAUCUGUAUGAUGACGUGUUCUGGGGUACUGCUUUGAGGUUGUGUGCGUUAGCGCUACCGGCAGAUAGACGGUUAGCUUACGUGCGGACGGCCGACAGUCGAAACCGAGGCGACGCCUGGUUCUCCUCACUCACACAUAGUGAAGGGCAAGCGUGCACGGUCAAUGAAAUAGAUGAUUCGAUCGACGACGACCGGCUACCGGCGCAAGCUUUACGCUUAGGUCGACCCAUACAUUUAGUAAGGAACUCCCUACCCAGCGUGCGAAAGGCGGCCCAGGGCGCCGUGAACGCGUUCCUAAGAAGACUACUCACGGCAAGAGAAUAUAGAGGCUACCGCGUCUCCGACGUGGCCGCGGCGGCCGGCUCCGACACUGCUUUUUGCUUCUCGGACUUGCUACGACGCCUCAUCGACGCGGAGGAGAUUGAUUUAGAUAUGCCCGCUUUGCAGGAAGUGUCGAAGAUCGCCCAACAUAUCAGUAUGCACGCGAACGGGUCGGAUGAUGAUGUGUCCGUGAGGGACGGCCCUUGUGGCUUCGGCUCCGUGCAGAACGAGCGGUUCGCGGCGUCCAUGGAUCGGUACCGGAACAUCCCUCCCCAAGUGACGGAGAUUUCUGAGGAGAAGCGUCUGCGAUGCGUCGACUACGCUCGAAUUGUGGGCAAUCACGAUUCCGUGGCGGCGGCCGUCAUCGCUGAGGAAAGAUCUCUGGUGCGGGCCUACCGCCACGUCGGAGAUAUUAGGGAUGAAGCCGAAUUCCUACAAAGACUUACGGAAGAGGACUGGGAGGUUUCUGAUCAGAAAUACAGGCGCCCGGGCGACCCGAGAAGUUUCCACGACUUGCGAGACGUCGCCCUGGUCCACUUCCCCGAAUAUUUGAUCGAUGACGACCCGGACCACUGGAACCGGUUGCAGACGCGACUGUUUGCGUUUGCAGCUCGACAGUAUCAAAAACGGGGCACCGGCGAGAAGUCUGGAGCUCGCGCUUUAAUCUUCGACAUGCUCUUUGCGCACUUGUGUGAAUUGAGAGCGUAUACCUGGGCGGCGCGCGACGCGGCGCUCCAAAAGGCCGCGGCCGAUCUACAACGGAGGAAGGCCCACAAGGAGUUCGCGCGGUUAAGUGCGGCGCGGAACGCGUCGUCGGCUCUGAGGAUCGUUAAUAGCGCCCCGGUCGAGGUCUGCCUGAUUUUAAUUGUUAUUGCCUCCUUCUUAGCUGUUUAUGUGGGAGGCAAAGCGUAUCAGAGAAGUUAUGUUGCGCAAUUGGCCGUCGGGGUGUCCGUGUCCAUUAUUUUUUCUCUAGAAUUAUUAUUCAGAGUUGCCGCCCACACGGCCAUCGCCAAAUCAUUAACAAGAGGUCUCGACGAGUGUUUUAAAGAUCCUAUCCGGUACAUCGACCUGUUGUGUAUUGUGUUGGAGCUCGUCGACUUAUUGUCGUUGAUAAGUACAAAGGAAAACAGUGGAAGUGGGUUCCGCGGGGCCUGGCUCCGGCUCGUGAAGGUCUUCCGGUUUUUUAAAUUUUUAAAAGCGUUGAAGGCCGUCCGCUUGACGCGAUUACUACGGUCGGAGGCCGUGCGCGAGGUGCUCUACAAUUUCUAUUUGUUCCUCCAGGCGGCGUUCGGCGUCGUCGACGUGAUCCAGGAUCAUAGCAGCGCGAUGACGCGCGCGACGCAUCUGCGGGAGAAGCGCACGGCUUUUAGGGAUGCGCAGGCGGCCCUGCUCGACGAUAGCCCUGGGCAGUCCGGCGCGCAGGUGCUCAUGAGCGUAUUACUCGCGAAGCCCUCGGGGCUGCGGACCGCGGCCCUUAGGUUAGCGACGGGUAUCGUCGUGGACGCGAAUAGAACGGCACAAGCGUGGUUCACGGAACGGCUCAAGGAUGGAGAAGUCCUACGCGUAGCAGCAGAUGAAUUCCGAGCGACGUGCAAUCACUUAGAGAGGCACCAUCGGCGACGCCGGGCGGGCCAGCACACGGCGUUGGACGAGGAAUUAUUAAGGGGCUGUGCCUGGACGGUCAAGUUCAUCACUUCCCUAUUAGUCGGCCAGCACGGCCCGAUGCAGGAGCUGUGCACGCGGCAGGCGUCGAUGCUGGCCGCGGUCAACAUUUUGCAGGAGCUCGAGCAUUUACUCCAAGCCUUGGCCGAUAGCACGUCCGACGACCCGCGUUUAUUUUCGUCGCAGCAGUCCUCGGUAGAAAAGUUUCUCGUGGUCGGCGUCAUGGAGUGCGUCGCGGCGUCGAUGGACGGCGCCAACGCCGCGAAUCAAGCGUUCGUCGCGGCUUCUGGUGUUCCUGACUUGCUGGCGGCCUUCUUAGCCCUACCUAUAAAUGAUGUGAUCGGCGAGGAUCAUUUAACGGAGAUCGCCGCGUAUUUGGGGAGGCGGGCGGCCAUCGCGACCUUGGAUAGCAUGGUCGAGGGCUUAUCUUUACGAAGCCCGCAAGUCCAAUCAUUACGAACGCGGCUCCCGAAGGGCCUGCUGAGUCGCAUAUUGAAUGAAUGCGCACCGGUCCAUCGGAAGGUGCGCACACCUCGGGCCCAGCCGCCCUUCGACUACUUCAUUGAAAGUGGUGAUUUAUCAUCACCGGAAGCUUUGGAACGGCUCCACAAUGAAAAAUUAGAGGCCGUCGCCGACCUUGUCGUAAGGGCUCAUGCUUUACGGGUUAAAUUGUGGCACUUUGGGGUUUCUGAUGGGCCUUUCUCGAAUCUGUUGGGGGAGGUCGACGUGCGGUGGCGGGGACGAGUAGAACGAGUCUUCUUCGAGCUGCCGGAGUGGAGCGGUUCAUUAACAACCGUAGCUAGGCAGCGCUUCGAGCAGAACGUGGACUUGACGAGCGCGGAGACGCGGAUGCGGCAGCUCUUCGAGGACGGCGAGGGGAUCAUAAGGGAGGCGCGGUACCUGUACCGGAUCGAGGAGUUGUCGAAGGUCUUCCAGAUCGUGAACAAGAGGUACAUUCCCCUGAAAUAUCGCUUGUACUUCCUGGCGUUGAUCUUAAAUCUCCACAUGAUGCUCUCGUCCACGGGCGACGGUGCCAUCACCUGGGCCAAUUCUGAGGAAAGAGGCAAUAGCACGGCGGCUCUUUGUUUAGCCAUCCCCACGCUGCUGGGCUACGGCGCCAUGUGCGCGUACACGUUCAUCUGCAAAUUUAAGACGACGGUCGACACGCACGUCGCAAGGACCUUGGAGGAGCGCGCCAACGCUCAUGGGUUUGAUGAGCGAGUAGAGGACCAGUUCUCCGCUCUGUUGUUAGGUAGCGCGACCCUCGCCAAGACCCAGCUCAAGUCGGCGAUCGGCUUCACGACUGAUGUUACUAAGACCAUACAAGACACCGCCAAAAAUGUCCUCGCUGACGAUGACGACUCCACCGCGAAUAGCUCGGCCAAGUGGGUCAACGACAUGCUGGGGGAAGAUAAAAAUAUGUUCAAAACUUCGUCGAGUGAUGACAAUAAUGUAUAUGAGCGCAUGUCGUGGUGGGAGCCGUGUCUCGCGUAUGGUCUCGGGAUUGUGGUGUAUGGUCUGAAGUUCGGCUGGAGCCUGACCAUGGUAUGGGGCACUUUAGUUUUAGUUGGCUUGUGCCUACCGGGAGCUUUCCGGAAAGCUAGAGAUGAUCCCUAUACUACUUUUGAUUUGAUCGCGAUUGCCGCUUACGAUGCUAUUACGCAGGAUUUAGGUGUAUGUGGUAAUCUCGUAUGUGUGGCUGUCGCGCUGAUGGGCUUCAAGUGGCAGUACGUCUGGAUCUUGCUACUGUUAGAUAUUUUACUCAUUUCUGAUGAUCUGCAAAAUGUGCUCAUGUCCGUCUGGAUCCCGAAGGCGCAGCUGGUACUGGCGUUCUACUUCACGCUCGUCAGUAUUGGGAUAUUGUCGGUGAUGACGUUCUUCGUCGCCCAACAAGAUUCAACAGGAACGAUGAGCGACACGCACGACUGGAGUGGAGAAAAUUCAGGAGGCGUCGGUCCGUUACCUGCUCCGGCGCACGUCGAUGAUGUUUAUGAUGAUGAAUAUCAUCAUAACUUUGUGUGUCGUACUCCUUGGACUUGUUUCCUGAGAGAUGUGUACAUUGGCUUGAUCGACGGGCAAUUAUUCACGGCGACGCUAGCGAUGGAAUAUGGGGAUGACCUCGACCCGUCGGACGCGAUGAAGCGGAAGAAUAACCUGGCGCGGAUCUUCAUACAAUUGGUGUUUUUUAUAGUGGUUACGUUAUUACUGAUCAACGUGUUUACGGGUAUCAUCCUCGAUACGUUUUCAUCACUGAGGGAAACAUUAAACGAGAGGAAAGAAAUGAUGAACGCCGAGUGUUUUGUUUGCGGCGCCGAUCGAGGUACCUUGGAGGAGUACGACAUCGACAAGGAGGAGCAUGAAGGUAGCGAGCACAACAAGUGGAGUUAUUUACUUUAUCUUGAUCACGUCAAGAGGGCGGCGGCGGACGUGGCGCCCGUGACCGGUGUCGACGCCCACGUCGCGGCGUGUGCUGCUGUGAAGUCGGAAGCUUGGCUGCCCGAGGGUACGUCGUUCAAAUUAGAACAGAUGAUCACCGACGGCGAGGGCGGUAGGGCGGACGUCGACCAUGAAUUGAAACCGCUCUAUGAUGCGAUCCAGGAGACAAAAGCGGAUGUGGCAUCAAUGAGAGAGGAGUGGUCCACGAAGAUCGAUUCCAUAACCGAGGCUCUUGGGACGAAGGAGGCGGCUUCAAAGAAACCUCCUCUGCAGCGGACGCAGUCCUUCUGAGGGGGGAAUUCGUAGUAACAAGUUAUUAGUUGAUUCGUCGCGGCGACGGGCGUGCUGGCGUAGUCUUUCUCCGGCGCGCGCGGCGUGCCGGGCAAUUCUGGAGCAUGGUAAAAAAAAGUCGGUCAGUCACUGACUGACGAUGACGACGGUACGUGCAACUUGCGGGAUUUUUUGGAGAAUGGUCAAGUCGGUCGAUCAUGAAUCUAAUACCGGUUCCUAUGUCCUGUGUAAUAGUGGGGUCGCUGAUAUAUUUUAGGUUUUAAUCCCAG